AGGUACCUGCAGCAUAUAUGUGAGAGAGUCUUACGCUGCUUGGUACGUCAGUUGUAUAAAAGGAUACUCCUUCGCCUGCAAGUGAGCAGUUUUAAGAAAAAGUAAAGAAAAACAACUAUAACUAAAAAUUAUAAGCUGACAACACCCUAAAAUGAAUUUCAACGCUGCAAACAAACUUACGGUACCAUUAUUAUUUGAAAACGUCCAAAAAUUACACACGAAAACUUUAUAUGAACAACAUAUGUGGCAAGUGAAUUACGAAGAAUUUAUCGCUGCCGAAAUGAAACGUCAACAAGAAUGUAUGCACGAGAAAGAGUCGAAUUUCGUGAGCAAAAAACUUACAGAGAAUCCAGUGGAGUUGGAGUGUCGUUCGCGCUCACCAAACAGCAGUAGCACCGAGGAUGCGAGCACUAAAUCUGAGGAGCGAAAUCUCAAAGCCGAUCCGGAGCAAGCCUUGCUACGCGAGCAACGUGCUGCAUCCUGCCGUAAAUCACGCAUCAACAACAAGUUGAAGAAAGCUACGCUGCAGUACCGUAAUGAGUUUAAAGCUCAACAGCUGCAGGAAGCAGAGAGGGCACUCAACGAGAUAAGAAAGAAAUUGAAAUUUGCUAAGCAAAUAUUUUUAGUUAAAGGUCACACUGGAGCAGAGUUGGCGAAUUUGCAUAAACUUUAUGGUGUAGAGGAUUUUAAUUGCCAGACGAAGUGAACAGUGAGCGGCUAAAGCGCCAGAAUACAUUAAGCAAUUCAGUUUAUAUUAAGUGUUGACAAAUGUAGAUAAAUAAAAAAUUAGUAAUUAGGAGUAGGACAUCAUUAGAGCUUCAUCAUUCUGCCUAUGUGUCAAGUAAAAAAUAAAAGUGUCUUGGUAGAAUAGAAUCAUUUUUAACUGAAUUAUACACUUUGCACUGAAAUAAGGAAGUUUAAUGUGAUGUGAACUGGUUUUCUUCAAAAUUGUUAGUUGCUGGUUUGAGCCCGAAAGUGUCUGGUGCCUUAUCAAUCUUAAUUUUGAUACUUUAAUUGUUAUUUACUAAAAUAUAACAGACUUUGCUCGAGUGUAAUAUUUUCUCUAAAA